AUGGCGCAGCAGCCGGGCCGGAGGCAGGAGCGCGCAGGUGAUGUGGAUGCCCCGGACCCAGAGGAAGAAGAGGAGGAGGAUGUGGGGAACGUGGGCUCCAUGGAAGAGGACGAGAAAGAGCUGGACCUGACGGACCAGGAGAUGGAAGACCUGAGGGCCCAGCUGCUGCAGCUGCUGGAGGAGCUGGAGGAGACGCGGGAGCUGGCAGUGAAGCACGAGGACGACUCGCUGGAGCUACAAGGCUUGUUGGAGGACGAGCGACUGGCCAGCGCCCGGCAGGCCGAGAUCUUCACCAAACAGAUCCAGAGGCUUCAAGCUCAGAUGCGCACGCUGAAGGAUGAGUUCAGCUCCCUGCAGGAGACGAAGGCGUCGGAGCUGGAGCAGGUGGAGCGGGAGCUGCAGGAGGCCAACGAAGAGAUCCACGGCCUGCAGCUGGAGGCGGAGGAGGUGGCGGCCAUCCACGAGAACGAGAUCGCCGCCCUGCAGGAGCAGCUGUGCCGGCUGCAAGCCGAGCUGCAGCGCGUCCAGCAGGUCCGUGAGGAGUACGAGACAGAGAUCACCACCCUGCGCGCCGAGAUCACGAUGAAGGGCAGCGGCCAGGCCCAGGCCGAGGGUCGCGCUGACGAGGUGGCUAUGCUCCAAGAGGAGCUGCUGGCCCUGCGGGAGCAGUACCGGGACCUGAUGGAGGAGUACCAGACCCUGCAAGAGAGCAACAAGAUCAUGGUGCACCAGCUGGAGAACCUGGAAGCCCAGAAGUACAGAUCCAGGAGCAGGUCGGAAGAGUCUCGCAAGUCGACGGAGUCGGACUUGACCCAUUCUCCAGUGCGCCGGACCCUCUCUCCCCGGCGCGCCAGCCCCCGCCUGAGCGGCAGCGUCUCCUUCAAGACGGUGGACGACAUAAGAACCAUCAGCACCCCCAGCUGCAAGAAGGACCCCCCGAGCCAGGCCGAGGAGACCGACUCCGAGCUGAGCCUGCGCUUCCAGCUGCAGAGUGAGGAGGAGAAGGUGCAUCUGGCCCAGAGCAAGUGUGACAACAUGCAGACCGAGCUGCGGGAGCUGCAGCGGCAGUACCAGGCCAUCCAGCGGGAGCGCCAGCAGCUGCAGGAGGAGCUGAAGCUGUGCCGGGCGGAAAUCCAGAGACUCAAAGGCACCGUGCCCGCUGACGGGCGGGUCCCGGCCGGGGGGCUGAAGCCCGUCAUCCUCUUUGCAGUAGCUGCAGCCGUCUUGCUGCUAUACCCCUGCCUGAAGCGGUCCUGCACCAGCGCCGUGCCGGCCUGA